AUGAUUGCCAAGGGAUCUCGCAAAAGAGCAAAGGCCAGCCCUUCUGGCGGAGACUCACCGUCCCCCGCAUCCCCGAACAACAAUGCCCGGAACAGCUCAAACGCUCAGACACAGAGCCCUACGAGCUGGUAUCCCGGAUCCUGGUCGGCUAUUUCUCGCGUCUACAAAGCAGCCCCAGUUACCGAGGUUGCCCGUGAGAGCAUAUCAGCCGCGCAAAAUGGAGCUUCAAGCUCCGUCAACACUUCCCCCAUCCUCACUGACACAACCAAUCGAUCCCGCCAUAACUCGAUUCAGCUUACUAAAAAGUCCGGGGCAUCUACGAGGUCGCUGCCUGCGGGUGUCACCACGACGCGGGUAAACAUUGCGUCGGACGGUUCAUCUUCCGCCGCAGCUUUAGACACAUUUGAAUCACGAACGAAUUUGCAUGAGGGCGCGACACCGGAAGUCUUGAAGUCAAAGCUGACCGAAUCGUCACAGUCUGUAGUAGAAGGUGAAGGCCCAAAUACCAACAUACCAGAACCCGAGAUCGAGAAUCCCCAGGCCACACAAAAGCAAACUGCGCAGCCGAGUGGGUGGCUUUCGUGGAUAUAUGGGAGCGGCUACGCUGAGGAUGAUAGUAUCACCAAAACAGAUAUUCGGCUCAAGACAGAUGAUCCCUCUGCAGAUGCGAUAACGAAUCAAACCGAGGCUCCAGGCACCGCAAGCGGCAACGAGGUUGCCAAUGCCCAGCAAAAUCUGAGGCAGAGUGAAACUACAGCACAGGAAGCGAAUACAGUCGAGACAGCUGCAACGCCCCAGAAGCGAUCGUGGCUACAGAUGUGGUAUGGUACUGGUCCGUCAAACCAACAAGAGCCACAGGCAACGGAGCCCACUCCGCAAACACAAUCACCUACAACCCUCUCAGAGAAUUACGACGUCCAGAUGACAGCGAAAGAGCCAUCCGAACAGGCUGAGAACGUACUGCCUCCUGCAAAGGGCACAGCGAAUGCAGUAAGAUCUUCAGGCUGGUCGUUCUGGUCCAAAGAUGCGUCGAAUGAUACGUCUGCAAUCAAACACCAAGAAGUGGAAGCCGUGAAAGCAACGGUGGCUUCAGAUCCUUCAGACGAACAUUGUUUUCCACCAACCAGAGACACUGCGACUAGCAUCUCCAGGAAAGAGACUCUGAAGAUCAAGUCAUCCAACGAGAUCCGCUUGAAAGAUGAAAAUCGCGUCUCAGCUGAGGCUAUUGCAACGUACACAACCCCUGCACCCUCUAAAGGGGCGGAAGGCUCAGCAUCGAAACAACUCCAGAAAAUUCUACCAAAUCAAGUCCUUCCCAAAUUCGAAGAUACCUACGCAGUCGAAGAGUCACCAUCCCUGCUGCGAUCCCUGAGCCGUUUAUUGCAUUAUUCCCAUAACCCCGAGCAUGUUCACGUCGCACGAGUGAAAGAGCCACCGCGCAUCAAACGAGCUCUAGCUAUUGGUGUCCACGGUUAUUUCCCUGCCCCACUGAUCCGGAGCGUGCUUGGUCAACCUACUGGAACCUCGAUUCGAUUUUCCAACAUGGCCGCCGACGCAAUCCGCAAAUAUACUUCAGAUCAUGGCUAUACUUGCGAGGUUGAAAAGAUUGCGCUCGAGGGCGAAGGUCGUAUCGCGGAGCGGGUGGAACUUCUAUGGAAGUUACUUCUUAAUUGGAUGGAAGAGAUCCGCAAAGCCGACUUUAUUCUGGUCGCCUGCCACAGCCAAGGCGUACCUGUGUCUAUGAUGCUUGUUGCCAAACUGAUCUCUUUUGGCUGCGUCAACGCUUCACGUGUAGGCGUUUGUGCUAUGGCUGGGGUUAACAUGGGUCCCUUCUCUUCUUAUCGUUCAAGAUGGAUAAGUGGCUCCGCCGGCGAGCUGUUUGAGUUUGAAUUACCGUUCAGCAAAGUUUCGAAAGAUUAUGAAAUUGCACUGAAACGAGCCCUUGAGUUUGGAGUUCGUAUCUCCUACAUCGGCAGCAUCGACGAUCAGUUAGUGUCGUUAGAGUCAUCGCUAUUCUCUCCCGUCAAUCAUCCAUAUAUUUACCGCUCCGUCUUUGUCGACGGCAGGGUGCAUGCUCCCAGUUUUCUCUCGCACCUUGUUGGAUUCGCUCUGAAACUACGAAAUUUGGGAAUUCCCGAUCAUGGCCUCAUUCGAGAACUGAGUAGUCCGCUAGCUGGAAGUCUGUACACAGGCGAAGGACACUCUAGGUUAUACGACGAGGAGACAGUCUAUUAUAUGGCUAUUCAAUUUGCCAUGGAAACGACGUCAGUUCCGAGUGCUGAGCUUAAUAUCAAACGAUCCAGCCCGAGCAUAUCUCCGAAUCCUUACAUCUUACCUUUCGCUAUGCGCGGUCUGCUCGAAGAAGAGUAUGUCAGGCGUGAGUUGCACGAAGAGACUAUGGAACUUCUGCGUCAAUUUGACGAUUGGAAGCCAUCUACCAAAGUUCUCAAAGACGUGAAGUUCAGGCUUGAAGGAAUUCGGUCAAAGCUUUGA